GUGUUCUUGGCCUGUUUCCUUUCCUCCCAUCACAUGGAGAAGCUCUCAGAUGAGGAUUUCCGACCCUCUGCCAAGAUAUUCCGCUGCCAUCAGCUCAGCGUGGGGGUUGGAUGCACCAUGAUUGUCCUGUUAAUAGGAGCUGUGGUGGUUCUGGCUACUUGGGUUUUCCAGAUGAGACACCCCAUAGGUAUUCUGGAAAAAGCUGGCAUCUCCCAGAAGCCCAAAAAUGGAACAACAAUGGAAAAUAAGUCCAGCCUAGAGAACUUUGUGUCUCACUUGCGGAAGUUUUUGUGCAAGCCACUGGACAACAAAGAAACAGAGAAUUCCAGUUGUCGACUGUGUCCUCAGAACUGGUCCCUUCAUGAGAACAAGUGCUACUGGGUCUCCAAAGAAAGACGAACUUGGCACAAGGGGAAGGAAGACUGCACAGCCAAACUCUCUCGUAUGUUGGUGAUACAGAGUCAGGAAGAAGUGACUUUCAUACAAAACAUCACUGAAGGGGCACAGCUGCUCUGGAUUGGACUAGAAGCCACCUUCCCUGAAAGGAACUGGACCUGGAUAGAUGGCUCCCCCUUAGAUGACAAACUAUUUCAAGACCUGGGUCCAGUUGAAGCAAAUUGCUGUGGGAGACUGAAUGGCAAUCAAAUCAUUUCUGAAGUUUGCAAUACAAUAGCCAUAUGGAUUUGUGAGACAAAUGCUCUCCUAAUAUAAUAGCUGGAGUAAUCACAGCCCAGUGAGCUGCCAAUCUUGGACAGAUUAGGUAUUCUGCUCUGCAUGUGUCUAUGAACACCUUUAGAAAUUUCUGCCCCCAGUCUUGUACUCCUCAUCCUUCUUGCUUGCCUCAUUUUUCAUGAUGGAGUUAGCUGAUCUUCAGGGAUGUCACCGCCUCAUUUGCUGGCACAACUUAACUCCCAGUCUGAUGGCAGUGUACCUCUGAAUGUCACUGCAGG